UUUUUGAAAUGGAUAGUAGUCCCUAUUGUAUUCGGCCAUCACCCAAAUGGUUGACUUCUCAACAACAGGAAGUGUGUUAUGGAAAUGAAAUUCGAUUUGCUGAUUUAAAACUGUUAGGUAUAACAACCCAAGAUUUGUAUGAAUGGCAUUCACCGAUCGGAAUAAUGAACGAUUAUGGAAAAUAUCUCGAAAUAUCUGAUGAAAAUGAUGUUAACGACGAAUAUAUCUAUUGUAAUUGUAGUGAUAACUUAUGGUUUGGCUCACAUUGCCAAUAUACACUCGAUUCAACAUCUACAUAUCCAGCCGUUCUUCGAAGUCGUUUUUCUAUGAAAUAUACUCUAGGUGAAUUUAAUCAACUAUCACAAGACAAUUUAACAUGUUAUACAGGUAUCAGUUGUGAAAGUAUGAUAUGUCUCGAUUGGCGACAGGUAUGUAAUGGUUUAGUUGACUGUGAAAAUGGUGAAGAUGAAGAACAUUGUUUAGAACUUGAAGAACAUGAAUGUGAUAGUAAAACACAGUCUAGAUGUAAAAAUGGUUUAUGUAUUGAUAAACACUUUUUCGUUGAUUCAGUUUUUGAUUGUCUUGAUUGGUCAGAUGAAACUGAUAAAAGCCAAUCGGUGACUAUUGCUAAUCUUAAAUGUGCAACUGAGCCAUCGAUGGAAUGUGAAGAAUAUAACUGUGCAUGGUUAAAGUUUCCAUGCGGCGAUGGUUCAUGUCAAAAAGCUUUUACGGCAGGUUGUACAAAUGAACGUACACAAGUAUAUGAAAAAAAGAUGCUUCGGUUUGAUGAAAAUAUAAAUAUAUUGGAUAAUAUGAGUCUAGUUUGUUGGCAAUUUCGAAUUUGUAAAAACGGAUAUGGUUUGUCCUCCUUCAAUGUAUCAUCCAGUGUAUGUGCAAAACCUUCACCAUUGGAAAAACCUUGUAUGAAUCGUCAACAUUUUUUUCCUCCUAAUGCUGUUAUUCUUUAUCCGUCUGUUCGUUUGCUUUAUUUACCAAAUCAAACAGAUAGUACUAGCGCUCCAUAUUUUAUUUGUUAUAAUUCUUCUCGAUAUAAUCAUAUAUUUCUAAUAACUCAUACAAUUCAUGGUUAUUCAUGUCGACGUCGAAUAGAUUUUCCAUUAUUGAAUUACAACGGUGUUGGUUUAAAUACUAAAUUUUAUACUCAGUUACAGGAAACAUUUUCUAUUUCUUAUAUAUCUUCAACAUGUGUGUCAAUAUCAUCAAAUUUAUUUCAAUGUGAUGUAUCAAAUAGAUGUAUAUCAAAAUAUCGUAUCAAUGAUGGUACAAACGAUUGUUAUCUUGGAUAUGAUGAAAAAGUAAAUGAUACAUGUCAAUUAAAUUUAAGUUAUACAUUUCAAUGUGAAACAUCAUCAACUAAAUGUAUAAAUCGUAAAAAACUUGUUGAUGAACGAUUCGAUUGCACUGAUAAAUCAGAUGAACUAUUACCAUUGCCAUGCAGGGAACAUAAUGAUCUCGGUUGUAGAUAUAUUCGAGGUGAAAAUAUGUCAUCAAAUCUUUUUAUCUUUCAAAAGCUUUGUAAUGGUAUUCCUGAUCAUGAUCUCAAUGCAACAGAUGAAACUAAUUAUGGUAUUGAUGAAUUAAAUUGUGAAAGAAAUAAAGAAAAACAAAUAAAAAAUUGUAGUUCAGAUGAACACUAUUGUUUUCGUUUAAGUGAUACAAAAUUAUCAUGUCUAAAUCGUGAUCAAUGUAAUGAUGGCAUCGUUGAUUGUUUUGGUUCAACUGAUGAGAGAAUGUCUUAUUGUCCAAAAUAUUAUCCAUUCGAAUUAACACGUCGUUAUCAUUGUCUAAAUAGUACAAAAUGCAUUUAUCACGAACAAAUAUGUGAUGGUAUUACAAAUUGUCCAUUGAAUGAUGAUGAAACGGUUUGUUCUUGGCGAUUUAAUGCCACAUGCUCAAAUGGAACAUUUGCUUGUAGACGAGUCGAACCAGGUAAUAAUAAGUGUAUAAAAAAAUCAGAACGUUGUGAUGGUAUAAAACAGUGUCCCUAUCUCGGUGAAGAUGAAUGGUUUUGUGAUUUAAUACAAAAUUAUGAGUAUAAAAAUUUUCCAUUUGAUGGAUUAAAUCAAUAUCCAUCAGUCUUUAUUCAUGAUGAUGAUGAUAGGCAAGAAAAAGAAAAAAUGACAUCAUUAAUAUCAAAAAAUAUUCCAUUGUAUAAUAAACGAUGUACCGAUUGUUUAUCGAGGUCUGAUAAAACCUAUUUUGCUUACUAUUGUAAUCGUGGUAUUCUUGUUCAAUCUAGAAAUCAAGAACAUGAUAAAUGUUUUUGUUCACCAGCAUACUACGGUAAUAAAUGUCAAUUUCAACGUCAACGUAUCUCUAUUCAUUUACAAAUUGAAAUAUUAAAAUUAAAUCGAAAUUUUGUUUAUAAAUUACUUAUUUCUCUAGUAAAAUUAGAUAUUAAUCUUAUUGUUAAUCAAGAAGAUUUAUUACAUGUUCCAUAUAAUCAUACAUCAAAUUUUAAACAUGCAUUUUAUUUACUUUAUCCAACAGAUAAAAAUUUUACAGAUAAAUUUGCUAUUUAUAUUGAUGUAUUUUUUGUUAAAGAUUCAAACGUUGAAUAUAUAUCAUCUUGGUAUUAUAAUAUUCCAUUUUCAUUUUUACCAGUAAAUCGUUUAGCAAUACGUUUAACACUCGUUGAUAAUCAAACCAAUAUAUGUAAUAAUACAAAUUGUUUCAAUGGAUUAUGUCAAACUUAUGUUAAUGAUAUUAAUAAAUCAUUUUGUUUAUGUUAUAGAGGUUGGUCCGGUUUUUAUUGUAAUAUCACAUCAUCUCUAAUAUGUUCAAAAGGAUCUGAAUUAAUUCGUGAUAAAUGUAUUUGUCCGCCAGGAAAAUCAGGUAAAAAUUGUUUUGCUUCAUUUAAUUCAUGUAAAGAAACUUCAUGUUUACAUGAUGGUAAAUGUAUAACAUUAGAUUUAAAAGGAUAUAAAUAUGUUUGUAUUUGUUCAAAUGAAUAUUAUGGUAAUUUAUGUCAAUAUCGUGUUGCUAGAGCAUUAAUUAAUAUAAAAAAUUUAUUUCAUAAUAAGCGUAUUCAUUUUGUACCCGUUGUUGUUGUCUAUUUUGUUGAUGUUUAUAAUAAUAUGGGUGUAACAUUAAUUCAAGAUAUAUUGGUCUAUAGAAAUGUUCCAUUUAAUCAAAUUUUAUUAAAUGUUUAUGAAAAAAAUAUUUAUUUAUCACAAUUUAUAUUUGUUCAAAUAUAUUUUGAUACUAGUAGUAUCUAUGGUUCAUACUAUUUAAUUGGAUUACUUAAAUAUAGAGUAAAAAUAAUUACAUCACAAAUAUUGGAAUCAAAUCGUUGUCCAAAUGUCUAUGAAUUAUUAAAUAAAACUUUAAUGACUAAACAUUCUUUAUUAGAUCGUUAUAAAUUAUAUCCAAAUGCUUGUGAUGUACUUGGAAUAAAAUGUUUUUAUGAUGAUACAUAUAUGUGUCUUUGUGAUAAUGAUGGUCGAGUAGAUUGUCUCAUAUUUAAUCAUUCAUCAUCAAAUUGUACAAUGAAAGGAUAUUGUUUUAAUGAUGCUCUAUGUCUAGAACCAAAAUCAAAAACAGUUGAAAUUGAUUUUGCUUGUGUUUGUCGUUCAUGUUAUUAUGGUAAUUUAUGUCAAUUUACUACAACUACUUAUUCAAUUUCAUUAGAUGCUAUUAUCAGUUCAGAAAUUAUUGUUGGAAAAUCAUUACUAUUUCAAACAUUUAUAAUAAAAUUUGUUCUUAUUAUUGUUCUUUUACUUGUUUUCAUUGGUUUUAUAUUUAAUACAGUUUCAAUAAUUAUAGUAAGAAGAUCAAAAGGUCCUAAAGCUGGUUUAUAUUGGUAUUUAAUUUGUUUAAGUUUAAUUGGUCAAUUUGGUCUAAAUGUAUUUGCUACAAAAUAUAUUUAUUUAUUAGAUGAUCAGAUGAGUCUAUUACCACAUCAUCGAAAUAUUAACUAUUAUUGUUGUAUUACAUUGGAUUUUUUUCUUUCAUGUUUACCAUCUAUGUUUGAUUGGUUCACAGCUUGUAUUGCACUCGAAAGAGCUAUAAAUGUUGUUCGUGGAGUAACAUUUGAUAAAAUAUUGAGUGAAAAAGUAUCAAAAUAUAUUUUUAUUAUUGUUAUAUUGUUUAAUAUUCUUACUAGUAUACAUGAACCAUUGAGUCGGGAAUUGAUUGAAGAUCCUCGUAUUAUUGGUCAUUCAUCAUGUGUAAUUAAAUAUAAAACGGAUUUGUUAAAGAAAUAUGCUAUAUUUGUAAAUAUUUUUCAUUUAACUGUACCAUUUAUGGUCAACAUAACAUCGACAAUCGUUUUUCUAAUUAGUCAAACUACUCGAAAAUCAAAUUCUUUAUUAAUCUGUAAACAAAGUAAACAACCGUUUUAUAGUAUGUUGAAAAAACAAAUUAUAUUUUAUAAACCGAUUGUUAUUAGUCCACUUAUUUUGAUUUGUUUACAAUUUCCACGUUUAGUUUUAACAUUUGUAUUUGCAUGUGUCGAAUAUUCAUGGCAAAGAAACUUAUAUUUUGCUAGUUAUCUAAUAGCCUAUAUUCCGUUAAUGGGAACAUUAAUCAUUUACAUUUUACCAUCACCAGUAUAUAAAGAAGAGUUAUUAAAUGUUUUGAUAAAUCUUAAAAUAGCUGCCAAUCUCUUUGAAAUAGAUUUAAAACUCAUAAGCAUGGAAGACGACGAUGACAAUCAUGUAGAACGAGAUUCCCUUCCAGGACAAUUUCUAGUGAAUGCUGUCGAAGUAGCUGAUUGUUUCGAGAGUAAACUAUUGAAAUAUUAUAUGACAACAUGA